AUGGCGCCAAGACUUCUGUCACCCGAUUUCCAAAAACACCCCAAACUCAUAAAAUACGCCCGAAAGAACAAUAGACCCGUGCUAGAGAGGGAGAGAUCUGUUGAACUCUGUGGACCAAAGAAGAGGCAGCUAUGGUGGAUAGCGUUGGCGGCGAGGCGAUGCUGGGCACCGGAGAUAAGGACUGAGAAGGAGUCGCCGGAGCCUUUUGUCGGAGAUGGAGUUGUUGCCACAAUCGCCGGCGGCGAACCACCGUCAUGGAUGAUUCUUACUUUAGAAAUGAAAGUGAGUAAUGGCCUUUUGACAACAAACGAGUCCCUCAAUGAGGGUUUUUUUGUCUUACUCUGCAAGUUCCUCGUCUACUCUUUGAGUAGGUUUUCUGCCUUUCUUCUACCUUUACCCCUCGAACCCUUUCCUUCCUCUCCCCUCCAUAUCUGCUUACCCUUAAUCUUUCUCCUGUGUCUCACCCAUCUCCCCUCCCUCCUCUUACCCGAUACUAUUUCUGCUAUAUCCUUAACUUAUGGCUUCUACCCCCCGCGGGUGGAAACUCAUCCAGAUGCUAAAGGCGAGGAUGAUCUCUCUCUGCGUUUUAAGUUGUUCACCCUUACUGAUGAAGAGCAGGGUGCUAUCAUUCUCUCCCAUGAGGACGUUGUUGAUAGUCUGGCGGAAUGCCAAACAAGUCUUCUUGGCAAGGUAAUCUCUCAAAAGGCCCCUAAUCUGGUGGGGCUUAGGAAUACAAUGGGAAAGGUAUGGGGAAACCCAAAAAAUUUUCGUGUGUUGGCUGUUGGUGGUGGUAUUUUCCAAUUCAUUUUCCCGUCUGAACUGGAUGCCACAAGGGUCUUGCGUGGGAAGCCAUGGUUCUUUAAUAAUCAUUUUCUUAAUUUGGAGCGAUGGCAACCUAACAAGGCCCUUAAAGAUUAUCUUUUUGAUUUCACCCCGAUGUGGAUUCAGGCAUGGGGACUCCCCCUGCAAUUUCUCUCUAAGGAUGUGGGUGUUAAAUUGGGUAUGCGGUUUGAAGAUGUUGAUGAUGUUGUGAUCCCGCAAUCGUGGAGUCAUGAAGGUCGUUUCUUGAGAAUUCGUACAGUUCUUAAUGUUACACAACCUCUUAAACGGGGUUGUAUGGUAAGGCUGUCAGAGGAUAAACCGAUUUGGAUCGAAUUUCGCUAUGAAAAGCUUCCUGCUUUCUGUCGAUAUUGUGGUAGUGUAGGUCAUGAGUUUUUGAAUUGUAUCAAGCGGUUUCUGGGUUUAGAGGAUGAUGUGGUGCUUUCAGCACAAUAUGGUGAGUGGCUUCGGGCAUCACCAGCAACUCAACCAGGGCGGCGGCCGGACGAGACUGGCUCGACGGAGAUUCCGAGAGCAGGGAUUCCGAUUUCGGAAUCAGGAGAAUCCUCUGCGGAGAAUCAGGGGAGAGAUUUUCGGACUGGAAUUUCGAAUUCUUGUUCCAAUCGGAAAGGAAGGAUUAAUAUUUCGGAUUCUGUUGCGGAAGAUUCUGCUCAUAAGGAGAUGCUAACGGAAGCUUAUCUUGCAGAGAGAUCUGUGGAUGUCAAUCCCAAUCCGAACCAAAAAUUGAGAUGGGAUCAGCUCAACCUAAAUUUGGAGCAGAUUAUUAAGGAUUUUCCAUAUCGAGGGUCCAGGCCCAAAGCCCAGUCUUGUCCUGAUCAACUAUCUCAUUCCCCGAAUUACUUUUCUAGCCCACCUACUCCCGUAACCAAAUCUUCUCAAAUACCCAAUCUAUCGCACCUCUGUGAUAACUCCUCUUUAAACUUGGCCCAACACCCCCCUACUAUAGUCCAUUCUCCUAAUCACACUUUGACCCAGCUCAUUAUCCCAACCCCUUUAACCAAGUCGAAUUUGGAAAUUCCUCUCCUUACCCUACCCACACAGUAUCCCUCUGUCCUAACCAGUGCCAAAUCUCCCCCCUCUUCCCUCCCCCAAAAUCAAAUCCCUAUUAUCCCCCUCCUAUCCACCACCAUCCCUUCCUCUAGUCAGGAUACCCUCCUUCCAGAUAUUCAAGCCUCAUAUAUCCCUUCUCUCACUUCCCCUACCCUAUUUGAUAUCCCUAUUACUUAUGGCGUCCCACAUGGCAGAGGCCGAUCGAAGCGUAUCGUUGGUGCUCCAACCAUCAAACAUGGUAGGCGACGUGCCUUGGGGGAUAUUAACGGUAGAAGCCUUCCCAAAACUGUCUCCUCUAUCCCGAAACCUGCUCUUAAUCGGAAUGGAAAACGGAAUCUGGAGAACCAAAGCCCAGGUCUUGAUGGCUGGGUAGAAUCUGCUUUAACCAUAGAUGAGACCCCUCGAAAGAAAUUUUGCUCUGCGGUUGUGGUGGCCUCUGUGGGUAUAGAUGGCAAUUCGGAUAUGGUGGUGGAGACCAGCUCGAAAUGGUCUCCAUUUGCUCAAUGAUCUGC